AUGGCAACAGAGGAACAAGUGAAUGUUCUAAUGGUGUCAUCGGCCUUACAAGGACACAUUAACCCCACGCUGAAAUUCGCCAAACGCCUUAUUUCAAAAGGUGUUAAUGUCACUAUAGUCACAACUGAAAUGGCCCGAGAUCGCAUUUACAAUGCCCCCAACACCACAAACCCACAUUUCCAUAACCAACAAAUAAAAUUCGAGUUCUUCUCUGAUGGGCUUAGCCUUGACUUUGAUCGAAACAAGGACAUGCAGGGCUUUGUCGAUUCUCUUCGAACAACAGCUUCCAAAAACCUGUCGAGUCUCAUAAAUAACCUUACCAAGGGUCAGAACUAUUCUUGUAUGAUUGUUGAUCCCAUUCUUCCGUCAUCUAUAAAUAUAGCUGCUGACAAUGGCAUCCCUUGUGCAUUGCUUUGGAUGCAACCUUGUGCUUUGUAUUCCAUUUCUUAUCGCUAUUACAGGAAUAUAGAUUCUUUUCCUAAUUUAGAUGACCCGAAUGAGAAAGUUCAAUUGCCUGGACUUCCAAUGCUUGAGGUUAGAGAUAUCCCUACUUAUAUGCUUCCUUCAAGCCCUUUAUUUGGUCAUCAAAUAAUGAUGGAUUUAUGUCAAGCUUCUGAUAAGUUGAAAUGGGUUUUUGCUGCCUCGUUUUAUGAGUUGGAGGAAGAGACUGUGAAAUCUAUGGCUUCAUUAACCCCAGUUUACCCUAUUGGACCUCUGGUUUCAGAAUUCAUGUUGGGAGAAAAGGAAAACAAUGCUGUUGGUAUGAGUAUUUGGAAUGUUGAUGAUUCAUGCCUUGAGUGGCUUGACAAUAAGCCAGCUUCCUCUGUUAUCUAUGUUGCAUUUGGUAGUAUUAUUGUCUUGUCACAAAAGCAGGUGGAUAAUAUAGCCAUGGCUUUGAAGAAUAGCAACAAAGCUUUUCUCUGGGUGAUUAUGCCACCUGAGAAAGGUUCUGAGAAUGAUGCUCCUGAAUUGCCACAUGGGUUUUUGGAAGAAACAAAAGGGAGGGGUUUGGUGGUAAAAUGGUGCCAGCAGGAGAAGGUGCUUAUGCACCCUGCGGUGGCUUGCUUUAUGAGUCAUUGUGGUUGGAACUCCAUCCUAGAGACUCUGGCUGCUGGUGUUCCCGUUAUUGGUUAUCCAAAAUGGUUGGAUCAGCCAGCAAUUGCAAAGCUUGUAGUGAAAAAGUUUCAAACUGGGGUGAUAAUGAAUUGUGGGGAAGAUGGGGUUCCUAGUGCAGAAGAGAUGGAGAGGUGCAUUAAGGUAGUCAUGGAGGGGCCAAGUGCUCAGGAGAUAAAGAAGAGGGCAAUGGAAAUGAAAGAGGCUGCAAGAAAAGCUGUGGAGGAAGGUGGUUCUUCUGAUAAGAAUAUCAAUCAAUUUGUCAAUGACUUGAAGAAUGUUAAUCAUCCAGUAAUGGCUUAA